AUGAUGAUGUGCUCUCACCUCUUCGGCUCUGGGUCCACAGCAGCGGCUAAGGUGCAGAGCAGUGCUGCUCACAGUGUGAUCUCUGAACGAGCAGCACCUGGGAACCUGUUAGAAAUGCAAAUUCUCCAGCCCUACCCAUACCUACUGAGUCAGAUGUCCAGCCUCCUGUUAAUGUCCCCUGAUGACGGUGGCUUUUACGCGACCAUUGUCGCGGGGGCGAGGCUGCGUGCGGUGUUGGCGGUGUUCGUGUUCAUCGCGUGGAAGGAGGGGAUGCCUGACUGGCGGGAAGAGAAAAACGAGGAGCGCAGCCCUUGCUUCCAAGCUGCAGAGUGCACCUUCAUUGAUGCUACUCACAGAGGUGUGGACAUGCUGUUGCUGCUUUCUACCUCUGCCUACUACGUAGCCUAUUAUGACGAUGAAGUUGACAAAGUAAACCAGUAUCAACGACUAGGUCCAGAAGACCUAGAAAAAACUGAAAUAGGUCCUGAACCCACUCUUUUUGGUAAGGCAAAGUUCUCCUGCAUGCGACUGCACUACAGAUCUAAAGAAGCAAGUGGCUAUUUCCACACCCUGAGAGCUGUAGUGCGCAAUCCAGUAGAGGACGGAAAAGAUACCCUUCAACAUCUUUCUGCAGAUACUGCAGAGAUGCUGCAGAUCACCAAGCAAGCCAUGGGAUCAGAUGUACCUAUAACAGAGAGAAAGCUUGAGAGGAGGAGCAGUAAACCUCAUGAAAACAUCAUUGGCAUCAGAUCUCAAAACCAAGGCUCUUUGGCCCAGGGGAAAAUAAAUUUAAUGAGCAAAUUUUCAUCUCUAAAUCAAAAAGUGAAACAGACCAAAUCCAAUAUAAAUAUUGGCAAUCUACGAAAGCUAGGGAACUUUACAAAACCUGAAAUGAAAGUUAACUCUCUAAAACCAAACUUAAAGUAAAUCUUUGGGAGUCUUGAAAUCAUGGAAAACACUAGUAUGAUGGAUAAGAAAGCCCAGGCGUCAGAUGGGGAAGUGUCUUCAGAUAAUGACUCAUACCACUCUGAUGAAUUCCUUACUCUGAUGAAUUCCAAGUCUGAUGAAGACAGGCAGCUAGCUAACUCUCUAGAGAAUGCAGGGCCAGUAGACUAUGUGCUUCCUAGCUGUGGUAGUGUUGCUUCAAUACCUCGAUUAGGCAGUCGAUCCCAGUCUAUGAGCGACACUGAUAUUAGCAUUCAUGUUCCUUCAGAGGUUAUUAUUGCUCAUGAAAGUGGGCCUGGAAAAGGCUAUGAGUCUUCUCUGAAAAAAAGUCCUUCGGCUGACAACAUAAACACACUGACUGGCUUUGCCAAGCCCAUGGAUAUUUAUUGCCACAGAUUUGUCCAAGAUGCACAAAACAAAAUGAGCCAGCUGUCAGAAACCAGGUCUGUUUCUCAGGCUAGUGAGGGAGGAAAUCACAUGACCAAUCAAGUUUCUAACGAAGACACUCAAUUUGAAUCAAUGGAACAGAUACCUUCUCUACCGUCUCAAUUAGAUGUGUCUUUUUCUGCAACAGGCCCACAGCUUUUGUCAGUUGAACCAGUGCAUUCAGUUGUAUCUCAAAAGACCCCCCCCGGCUCCGAAUCUGGCACACUUGAACUUGAGAGAGGGCUUCAUGUAACUCCUUCUCCUUUAGAGAGCUGUAGCAGCAGAGCAGUCUCUCCCUUUGCAAAGAUUCGAAGUUCCAUGGUCCAGGUUGCUACUAUUACCCAAGCUGGAUUAACCCAGGGGAUAAGCUUUGCCAUGGCAAGGGUUCAGAAGAGCCCUGCAGAACCUGAAGUAGUUAAUGAAGUCCAGCAGAAUGAACUUAAAAAUAUGUUUACUCAAUGCAGACACACAUAA